AUGUCGCCGGACUUGUUAACGAUGCACGGCGUGCGGCAGCUUUACCACAGUACAGUAACUGAUGAUCCAAUUAAACUGCAAGUACUUGGUAUCUAUCGCUACUUGGCGGAUCCAGAACUCAAGGAUCGUCUCGGACAACUAUUCGUUGAUGCACACGACGUAUUUGAUGUCUUAUUAAGCGACGGUUGUUGCAAAAUGAAGGCAAUUCUGGCUCAAAAGUACAACAAAUUCGUGUAUAAGCGGGUGUUGACGCCUCGCUGCAUCAUGCGGGUAGAUAAGUUUAAAGUCUUCAAAGAGGAUAAGCAGCAUACUUAUCGAGUGAUACUACUUCAAGAUUUGGCUAUUGCUUCCCUAAAUGACGACGGAGCUAAUCCGGACAAAGUGGUCACAUGUCGCUGUGAUCAGACCACCAAUCAUCUUGAUUUUGUGUCGACUAUUCAUUUACGAGAAGUGGCGUUGCUUCCGUUAACAGGAGGUCGACUUUACUACUUGUCAUUGCGCUCCGAUGACUAUACUUUGGACUGGGCUUGUAGCUUUACGGAUGGAAAGCCAGACGAAGACUCACCGCUGGACGAGCUUGAAUGUAAUUGGCCGAAACGAUGUGGAGCGUAUAGGUUGAGUGGAAACCAGCAGCUUUUAACCUCAUCUGUGUCUUGGAACAGCGACCGAAACUAUUGCUCAAACCUGUUCACACCGAGGUGCAAUAAACUUUACACGAUUUUGGAAGCUUUAAGUCAUAUAAAGAAAAAUAAACAGCAGGGGGUCAGGCAGAACUUCAACGUCCCCAUGCUAGGUGCCAUUCGAGUCAAAUCAAAAGUCAGGAAUUUAGGGGAUCCAAAUAUUGCAAAUCCAUUUCCGUUUGCUUUUAACGCGGUCGUGGUCGAUGCAACAGGCGUGUUUGAAGUCAUGUUUUUUGGCUCUAUGUGCGCUAAAUACUAUUUGUCGCUUCAAGAAGGUGAUCUCAUUCAAUUUCGAGGGUACACAGCCGCUACCACGCAACAGCAUCAAUGGCUUACGACCACAGGUGCUGUUUUAUGGUACCCGGAUACCUCAUCUGGCCAAGCAUACCAUAUUCCAGCAAAGUAUUGGAAGGUUUUGGAGCUGAGUAAGAUGAUCCCACGUAUGCUCGGUGAUCUAUCGACCCGAAAAGCAUCUUCAUACCAUCCGCAUCAGUCACAUCCUACCUGGCUCGAAUGCAACUUUGUGACAACGCUAAAUACACGAUAUUUAAAAAAAAAGGCGAGUAACCAUCUCGACGCCAUGUACUUUGACUUCAUAGGGGUUUUGUCGAGUGUCGGGAGGAUCUGCCGUGCACGAAACAAAAAUACGUUUGAAGUGUGCGAGUAUCGAUGGUUGAAAAUGAUUGAUAGUAGCUCUUUACAUGAACUCGUGAUUAAGAUUGGUACAUGUUCUCAACCCGCCAUUUUUCGAGCCCUCGAGGCUGGCAAUACGUUGCUGCUUACCAAGCUUCAAUGGGUUGUUUUACUGAGUGGUGACACAGACGCACAAAUUCAAUAUGCGAGAACGAGUGAUUUUUCAAUUUUACGGAUAAAUGAAGCGGUGUUCCCAUUUCGAUCACUCGAAGAGUGCAAUCUGAACGUUUACUUUGCACAAACCGUGAACAAGAAUGCAGUUCUUGAAUCGCGCAAAGUCAGUGGGGAGAGCAAGUUGACUGCACAUAUCGAAACGAAAUACCGACCUUUAAAUAGGCUUCCGACAAACGUUCAACACUUCAAAAAUGCCUUUGGAUUGUGUGCGAAUUCAUUCAAUGAUCUGUUGGUCCGUUCGUCGAAAUUGGAGGUGUACGAACACCAGCAUGUUGGAUUCAUCGGCCAAAUCAGUGCAAUACGAUAUGGCGACAAACCAGCAGACGAUGAGUCUACCGUUCUAUUAGAGAUUAACGAAGCUGGGAGUCCUGAUCAAAUUCUAACGGUAAUCGUGAGCAUCAACGAACUAUUCCAGAGACCAAUCAUGAAAGAACACAUUUUGGCAGCUACUCCAUCCCAAUCACUCUCGUUGUUAUGCAUCCUGCCCGCUACACUUUUGGAUGAGAUGUACUCGGAAAUCUUUCGAGAUGAAAUUGUUUAUUUAACGAGAAGGAAGAUGCGGAAUCUGUCGCUGGACGUAAUCAAGAACUAUCUAGUUUGCCUGAAGCACGAAUUUUUUUUCUCUCUUCAUCUUUAUAGCGAUAGAGUGUGUCGAGUGACAUGGAAGGUUGAUGCGAUUCUUGCAAUGACUCAACCAAGCUAA